AAAAAUAAAUAAAAGUAAAUAAAUAGGUUAUUGUUAUUACCUAGCGCUUUGUAAAUAAUGGAUGUUCAUUUUGAUAUUAUUUUUAAUUGCUGACGAAAAAUGUGACGUUGAUUUGUUGUAAAAUUAAAAAAUAUAUGAAUGAUGACGUUGAAGGAUUUGCUAAGACGAUUCACUAGGACAACAACAAGUAAAUCUAGUCAGGAAAAAACGAAGAAAGUUGAAAAAAAACCAUCUCUUAUUGUGUAUUGGAUUCUUGCUGGGUUUAGAAUUCUGCUCACUUUGCUUCCGCAAACUGGGUACAUUCAUCCUGAUGAAUAUUUUCAAUCAAUAGAAGUAAUCGCAGGCGAUCGCUUCGACAUAGACGUGUACAAGCCAUGGGAAUACAACACAACAUUCCCAAUAAGAUCGGCAUUUGUAUCCCAAGUGAUAAUAGGAGUCCCAUACUCCAUAAUAAACGUGCUAUCUCCAUAUCUAUGGUACUAUUUUCAAGUAAAAAUCAGGACACCGUACUUCCUGGCGACAGUUCCACGACUAGCAAUAUGUAUCCUGUCAUUCUUAUCAGAUUACUGUCUCUUCAAACUGUGCCAGAUCUGCAAGCUGAACUAUCGAUCGCGAUUAAUAAUUUAUGCAAGUUCCUACGUCAUGAUGAUUUACGCCACGCGUACUCUCUCAAAUUCCAUAGAAUUAAUUUUAAAUACUUUAUUAAUUUACUAUGUCUCACGAUGCAUCGUAUACUCUGAGCAAGUGGUCAUCCAGAGUGACCACUUCAAAAAUGCCUAUGACAAGGCUCAGAAUAUUGUAGAACGAGUAAAGUACUACAAAUUGCGAGCAUCGCUUCCUUCGCACUCGCUCAAUCAUUGCCUAGUCCUUGCGACUCUUACAGUACUUGGUAUUUUUAACCGUCCCACAUUUAUUGCUUAUGCAUUUCCACCAAUUUUCUUCUGGCUUCAACGAGGACUAGGCUCUCGUAGUGUCAAUCUCUGGGAUUUUCAUGUACGGAUUAUUAUGUUUAUUCUCUGUGGUAUUCCAGUAACUUUAUUUUUAAUAAUAGUUGACAGUUUUUAUUUUGGAUACUUGACACUUGGAGAAAUAAUUAAUUUAGAUGUAGGAUUUAAAAAUAUUAUUGUAACACCAUUGAAUUUUUUGAGGUAUAAUUCUGUGACAGAUAAUCUCGCUGACCAUGGAUUACAUCCAAGAUACUUGCAUUUUUUAGUUAAUGUACCACUUUUAUUUAAUAUUAUAGGCAUUAUUGCUCUUGCCGUCGGCUUAAAAAUGAUUCACAGCAUUACAAAAAGACACUGGUUGGAGCUACCACGGAUCCAAAGUAUCGAAAGCUUGAUGACAGCUUGCUUCAUAUUACCAAUUGGACUUUUAUCACUAUUUCCUCACCAAGAGCCAAGAUUUAUCAUUCCAGUAAUUUUUCCUAUCGUAUUUCUCUACUCUCCAAUAAUUGAACGCAGCAAUAGAUUAUUAGCUUGUAAAAAUACCCGAGAAAUAGUGGGACUAGUAAAAAAAAAUAUUGGAGUAAGAAGGCUUCAGUACCUCUGGGGCAUAAGCAAUAUUUUACUGAUAAUUUUCUACGGAUUUCUCCACCAAGGAGGAGUGCUACCUCUUACUAGGCAUGUAGCAAGAGAACUUAAAGCCAAACCCGAGCUUACACACAUUCAUCUCUUUACUUCCUACACCUACUCGCUGCCCACAGCUCUUUUGCAACUGAGAAACACAAAGAGGACUUACACGAGCUCGGAUCAACAUCGCUAUAAGCUUAAGCAAGAUUUCUUUCUCUACGAGCAAGGCAGCAAAGCAAUGAGCGACGUACUUGGUAUAAUUAAUUCCAAGAUUGUCGAGUGUGAAGCUAAGUUGAAGAGUGAUAAAAUUCCUUACAGAAUUUAUUACGCAAUGCCUUUUAAUUCAUUAAGUAAUUUUAUUAAUGAGCACAAUCUCGCUGUUAAUGGUACAAAUAAUUUAACUUUUAGUACUGUUAGUAUUUUUUAUCCGCAUUUAACAACCGAAAAGUUACCUCUGUUAAAUUUCACAAGCAAUUUUGAGUGUUUUUUGGUUGACAAAUUAGAAGUUUGUUUUGAAAAAUUUAUUUCGAAUUUAUUAAAUCGUUUUGUACAAUUUUUCAAAAAUUUUGGCCUAUUAGUCAUUCGGAUACAAUAUUCUAAAAAUAUUGAUAGUAUUUAGGAUAUUAAUUAAUCU